UUUAUCCUUCUCACUGUAUGAAGUCAGUGUCUGUUUGUCUGUGUUAUAAUAAUAGUUACAACCUAGACAGACGUAGAUAGAACCAGUGUUUCUCUAUGGCGUCACGUCUGAGAGCUGACAUGGCUGAUAAUAAACCUCUGAUUCUGGAUGGUGGACUAGCGACUGAGGUGGAAGCACAAGGAAUACAUUUACAGGGAGAUCCUUUGUGGAGUGCCAGACUGUUGCACACUAAUCCCGAGGCCAUAAGAGAGGCUCACUACAGUUUCCUCCGCAGUGGAGCUGAUGUUAUCACCACAGCCACAUACCAGGCAAGUAUCCCAGGGUUCAUCACUCACAUGGACGUGAGCUCUGAAUGUGCCAGAGAGCUGUUGAUGUCUGGUGUUCACCUGGCCAAAGAGUCAGUGAAGAGAUUUGUCUCUGAGAGCCGUGCAACAGAGCGAAAAUGUCCCCUGGUGGCCGGCUCUGUUGGACCAUACGGGGCUUUUCUGCAUGAUGGUUCAGAGUACACUGGGGCGUAUGCAGAGAAGAUGAGUAUUGAGGAACUUAAAGAAUGGCAUCGGCCACGUAUUGGUUGCCUAGCAGCAGCAGGAGCUGACCUCAUUGCUUUUGAGACAAUCCCAAGUAUCAAAGAGGCGGAGGCUCUGGUGGAGCUGCUGAGAGAGUUUCCCAACACCAAAGCCUGGCUCUCCUUCUCCUGUAAGGAUUGCAGGUGUAUAUCAGACGGCAGCCUGUUCACAGACACAGUGAAGAUUGCUAACAGAUCCCCACAACUGGUCGCUGUAGGAGUCAACUGCUGCUCUCCAGCACUGGUGGAGCCGCUGCUGGACUCUGCAGGCUCCCUGCUGAGCCCAGAUAUGAGCUGGUUGGUCUACCCCAACAGUGGAGAGGAGUGGGACACUGACCAGGGGUGGAUGACUCCAGGAAAAACAUCAGCAUCAAUACUUGAACUCAGUCAUACAUGGAUGAAGCAAGGUGCCUUUUUCAUAGGAGGCUGCUGCCGUAUUGGUCCUGCUCACAUUAAAGAUUUACGACAACAUUUAAAAGGAAGUUGUGCCUCUGCAGCCUCUGCAGUGUGACUGGACUGAAACUGUAACAGUGACAAAGACAAAGACGUCUGCUCUGGGAGUUUGUAAAAAUCUUCAUUUAUUGUAAAAUAAAUUAAAUAAACCACUACAUCAAAACCAUGUGGGUACACGAUGACAUCUGUAUUGGGACAAAGACAAAGACCUUCUUGGUAAAAGUGUAAGAAUAAAUUAAAUCUGUACAUAAACAGAAAAAAUAAAAACA